AUGUCACUCCAUCCGUCCUCCGCGGCCGGAAAUGCCGGCAGGGACUCUCGGAUCCCACAAAGGCGCGCCAACAGAGUCACAAUGUGGCCUUCACCGUUCCAGCAGCAGCACCAAAGUCACGAUGAAGAGAACAACAUGAUCUGGCCUGGGCAAUUCGGAAACACUCAGCGGUGGACCAGCAAUUUCGACGCCGAGGCAUUGGCGUCUCGGAUGAGUGUCUAUGUCGGCGACGGCCUGCUUCCACAGAGCCAACCGGUGCCCGACAGGUGGACAGGACAAGCACAGCACCAGAGGUCGAGACACGGAAACCGGGCCACGUGGAUGCACAGCGUGCUGAAGGACUACGAGGAGGAUUCCGUGCCGAUUUGGGAAGGAAACUUUGACGUGGAGAAGAGGGAUUCCUUCGUCAGCCGCCCAUCAGGUGCAAGUGAGAGAAGUUGGUACCGCGAAACGAUCGACCCAGAAAAGUUCGACUACCGGAAGCCGAGAGAGACCCUGACCGAGGAGCAACUCAGCAAGGCCGACCCUGCCAGUGGGCUUGUGACAAAAGAGGUGCUCAUGUACGACUUCCCCGGUGAAGGGACGCUCGACGAUCCUUACUUGGUCUCGUGGACAGAAAAUGAUCCCGCCAACCCGUUGAACCUUACCAAAGGCAAGAAGUGGCUCAAUGCUAUGAUUCUGGCCAUCGCCGUGUGGACUGUGUCGAUUGCCUCGUCCGGAUUCUCCCAAGGUACCAGGGAUAUCAAGACCGACUUCAACGUCGAUGACACCGUCGCCCUCCUGCUCACGUCCGCCUUUGUCCUGGGUUUCGCGAUCGGCGCGCUCGCCCUCUCCCCUAUGAGCGAGGUCUACGGUCGACGUGGGCUUUACAUUUGGACAUAUGCUGCCUUUGUUGUUCUCUCAGGCGUCAUAGGCCUUCUCGACUCUGCCACUUUGCUCAUCCUCGCCAGAUUCCUUGGCGGUAUUGCAGGGUCCUUCACCCAGGCUGUUGCGCCGGCGGUCAUUGCCGACAUGUUCCGAGCCGACGAGCGUGGAUUUGUCCUUGCCCUCUUCACACUGGCCGGCCUGAUGGGCCAGAUGCUCGGCCCUAUCUUCUGCGGCUUCCUCGACGCUGCCUUUGGCUGGCGCUCGCUUGCCGUCUUCAUUGCUGGGCUCGCCGCGCCCACGUGGAUCGCCAUGACUUUCACAUUCCCCGAAACGUAUGCGCCCACCCUCCUUCGUCGCCGCGCUGCAAAGAUGGAGGCCAUUCUCGGCAAGCCACACCUCGUCGACGGUGUCGGCGAGGAGAAGACUCUUGGGAGCCAGCUCAAGGUCGGCGCUCUCAGGCCGUGGCUCCUCCUGGUCUUUGAGCCCAUCGUGGCACUGCUCAGCGUGUUCUUGUCCGUUGUCCAGGGAACCAUGUUCCUUCUGUUUGCGGCCUAUCCGAUCGUCUUCCAGCAGGUUCGCGGAUGGCGCCAGGGCGUGGCUUCUCUGCCAUUCCUGGCCGUCGCCUUGGGCAUCGUCAUCUCGCUCUUCUAUGCUGCCCUGUUCGACCAGCAGCGUUACGCCAAGGUCCUCGCUAGGAACGGCGGCAGAGCACCCCCAGAGGCCCGUCUCCCUCCAGCGAUGCUCGGCUCCGUCGCGCUGCCCAUCGGCCUGUUCUGGUUCGCAUGGACAAACGACCCUUCCACCUUCUGGCUCAUCUCGGUCAGCGCAGGUGUCUUCACGGGCUUUGGCAUGGUGCUGCUGUACAUGUCACUCACAAACUAUAUUGUUGAUACCUAUCUGGGAUACGCGGCCAGCGCAUUGGCUGCAUCGACGGUGUGCAGGUCCGUGGCAGCCGCUGUAUUUCCCUUGUUUACCAACACCAUGUACAACUCAUUGGGUAUCCACUGGGCCUCAUCAGUACCGGGUUUCAUGUCAGUUGUCUUUGUCCCUUGUCUCCUGGGAUUCUACAAGUGGGGCCAUGUCAUCCGCAGCAAGACCAGGUUCGCUCAAGAGGCAUCUAGGAUGGCCGAGGCGAUGUCUGGCGGCAAGUGA